CACAAUUUAGCGCCAAAGACGAAAGCCGUGACGUAAGGUUAUAGCAUCGUUCUGAAAAUGGCGCCUACUAAAACCGACGACGACGAUGAUGUAGGCAAAGAUGGAACAUUCCAAUCACUUGCCCAGUCACGAUCACGGCGUGAGCGAGUGGACAAGACUGGCAGACUUGCAGCACUUGAAAGAUUACGAAAAGCCAAACAACAGGGUGUCAAGAAUAAGUUUGAGAUAGAUGAUGAAAAAAAUGUCUACGAUUUGGUGGAAGAGUCUGAGUAUUCUGAUAUGGUACGGCAGCGCCAGGAGGAUGAUUGGAUUGUAGAUGAUGAUGGAUCUGGCUAUGUGGAGGAUGGACGAGAAAUUUUUGAUGAUGAUAUGGAUGAAGAUGCAGUAUCCAAGGGACAAAGCAAAAUCAAAGAGGGGAGCAAGAAGAAAAAUAAAAAUAUUGUGCGUCCAGGUACCAAACCUAAGAAGGACAUCAAAACCAUGUUUGCAGCUGUUGCUGCAUCUAGUAGUAAAAAGAAAGAGAAGGAGGUCAGUGUGACGGGGGAUGAUAUUCUAGGAGACCUAAUGCAAGAGCUUCGACAAGGAAGCAAUGCCAGCAGUGAACGCAGCAGUGCACCAUUCUCCUCUACCCAAAAGGUUGUCAGGCCAACACAAGGUCAUUCAGCGGCAGCAAAAAAAGGCAUAAACCCGUUCAUGGUGAAGAAUGCAGCCUCAACAGCUGUUUAUUCCAAAGCUUCCACAUCAUCAGCUGAGACCAGGGUUUCCCAUAUAAACAGUUUGUCAUCUUCCAUGGUGAGAGGAGAACGGCCAGAAAAAUCCAAGACAGUUAUCAAAGAGGAACCUCUAGACUAUGAGGAGAUGGAAAGCCACUUUGAACAGGACCAACCACAGACUGUGAAACUGGAACCUUCUGAGAUGUCUGCCUCUUAUGGUAACAUGAUGGAGUUGGAUGAUAUUGACUUUGAUGGUGAGCUGGACUUCAAGGACAAGAGAGAAACUGCUUCUUCUAACCAAAUCAUUCCUACACAAACAUUUCCAACAGUCAAAAGGGAAGAAAUGCCGGAGUCUCGAUGGGAAGUCAUCCAAUGUGAGAACACAGUUCCCAUCAGUUCAGCAGAUGUCCAGGUUGAUACUUCUCAGCUUCCUUUGAUCAAUGACGAAGAAGGAAGACAGGUGAUGAUUUAUUGGCUGGAUGCUCAUGAGGAUCCAUAUAAACAACCAGGCACAGUGUACCUGUUUGGGAAAAUCUGGAUUGAUUCAGCAAAAAUGUAUGUCAGCUGCUGCGUGACUGUGAAAAACAUCGAACGUAGACUUUAUCUGCUUCCACGGGUGACAAAAUUUGACAUGAGCACCAAGACAGACACAGGUAUAACAGUUACAAUGAAGGAUGUGUACCAAGAGUUCAAUGAAAAAGUUGCUGUGAAGCACAAAAUCAUGAAGUUCAAAAACAGGAUAGCAAAUAAGAAGUAUGCAUUUGAAAAAACAGAGGUCCCAGUAGAAUCACAAUACCUGGAGGUUCGCUAUUCGGCUGACCUUCCUGUUCUACCAUCAGACCUGCAGGGGGAGACUUUUAGCCAUGUUUUUGGUACUAAUACGUCCAGCUUAGAGUUGCUGUUGAUUGAUCGCAAAAUGAAAGGGCCUAGCUGGAUAGAUCUCCACUGUGUCCAACCAACCAAACAAGCUGUCAGUUGGUGCAAGGUAGAGGUUGUGGUGGAGCGACCUGAACACAUAAUGCUGCAUUCCAGACACUUGCAGUCACCCCCACUGGUUGUCAUGGCACUAAACUUGCAGACACUGCCAAACAUUAAAAAGCACCAAAAUGAGGUGGUGGCUGUUGGAGCUCUGAUACAUAAUAGCUUCCAUAUGGAUAGACCUGCUCCUGAACCCAUUUACCAGCAACACUUUGCAUUGAUCUCAAAGCCAAGUGAUGCAAUCUUGCCUUUUGACUUUCACGACAAAGUUGCGGUACAAAGUAACAAGAUGAAUGUGGAAGUGAUGGCAUCAGAGAGGGCUCUACUGGCUUGCCUCCUGGCCAAGAUCCACAAGUAUGAUCCCGAUCUCAUUGUUGGACAUGAUAUAUAUGGAUUUGAGCUUGAUGUUAUUCUGCACCGCAUCAACGUGAACAAGAUUCCUCAUUGGUCAAAACUUGGGCGACUUAAGCGGUCAGUCAUGCCCAAGCUUACAGGAGGAUUUGGCCGAGCAACCUUUGCUGAAAAGUCUGCUGUGUGUGGCCGUCUCCUAUGUGAUGUAAAGAUUUCUGCCAAAGAGCUAAUCCGCUGCAGAAGCUAUGAUAUGAGUGAGUUGGUGUCCCAGAUUCUGCAUCUUAACCGCCGGCAGCUGGACUAUGAGGAGAUAAGAGAUAUGUACAAUUCCACUGUGAAGCUGUUGCAACUGGUAGAACAAACGUUGAUUGACACACGUUACAUUCUGAUGAUGAUGUAUGAGCUAAAUGUCGUGCCCUUGGCUCUCCAGAUCACAUCUGUCUGUGGUAACACCAUGAGCCGCACACUGAUGGGUGGACGGUCAGAGCGUAACGAGUAUCUGCUGUUACAUGCGUUUGCAGAAAAGGAUUUCAUCUGUCCUGACAAGGAAUUCAAAGGAAAAGCAAAAGCUGUUGGGGAAGAGGAAGACGAUCAUGGAACUUCAGGAAAAAGUCAACAAGGUCGCCGAAAGCCUGCUUAUGCUGGUGGUCUUGUGCUGGAACCUAAGAAAGGUUUUUAUGACAAGUACAUCCUGCUGUUGGACUUUAACUCCUUGUAUCCCUCUAUCAUUCAGGAGUACAAUAUUUGUUUCACUACAAUUCCUCGAUCUUACACUGACCAAAACCAAACUGAUGAGAUUAAAGAUUUCAGCCAGGUUUUGCCUCCUUCAGACCUGGAACCUGGCAUUCUCCCCACAGAAAUUCGCAAACUGGUGGAAAGUCGACGACAAGUCAAACAGCUAAUGAAAGCACCAGACCUUACUCCCGAGCAACAGAUGCAGUAUGACAUUCGACAGAAGGCUUUGAAACUGACAGCAAACAGCAUGUAUGGUUGUCUGGGUUUUACAUUCUCACGCUUUUAUGCAAAGCCUUUGGCAGCUAUGGUGACUGGCAAAGGACGCGAGAUUCUAAUGAAAACCAAGGAACUGGUUGAAGGGAUGGGCCUUGAAGUCAUCUAUGGUGACACCGAUUCCAUUAUGGUGAACACUAACAGCACUGACCUGGAGCAGGUGUACAAGCUGGGCAACAAGGUCAAGACUGAGGUCAAUAAACUGUACCGUCUUCUCGAAAUUGAUAUUGAUGGCAUUUUUAAAUCAAUGCUGCUGCUGAAGAAGAAGAAGUAUGCAGCAUUAAGCAUCAGCCGCAGUGCUGAUGGCCAAAUCAACACAUCGCAGGAGCUGAAGGGUCUGGACAUUGUACGCAGAGAUUGGUGUCAGCUUGCUAAGGACACAGGAAACUUUGUGGUGAAACAGAUCCUGUCAGGUAAGACACGUGAGGUGGUAGUGGAAAAUAUCCAUUCCAAACUCAUGUCAGUGAGUGAAGAAGUGCGAAACAACCAGGUGAAAAUGGAGCUCUUUCAGAUUACCAAGCAACUGACUAAAAACCCUGAAGAUUACCCAGACAAAAAAGCGCAGUCUCAUGUACAAGUUGCACUUCGCAUCAACUCAAAAGGCGGCAGAAAAUUGCGGGCUGGUGACACCGUUUCGUAUGUCAUUUGCAAUGAUGGGUCAAAUUUGUCAGCUGCACAGCGAGCAUAUCACACAGAUGAGCUGAAUAAGAGCGACACGUUAAAGAUCGACAUUCACUACUACCUUGCCCAGCAGAUCCACCCUGUUGUAUCCCGGCUGUGUGACCCGAUCGAGGGGACUGAUGCUGCCCAUCUGGCAGAAUGUUUAGGUCUCGAUCCAGCUGGCUAUCGACAUAAUAACACUCGUGCUACCAACGAUGAAGAAGAGGCCUUAUUGGCAGCACAGGUAACAGAAGAGGAGAAAUACCAGCACUGUGAGCCUUUCAAGUUCAUCUGUCCUCUGGAGACAUGUGGAACAGAGAAUGUUGUGACCAGUGUCUUCACCAGUGCAACAGCUGAUCUCUCAGUGGGCAGAUCACAUGUUGCAUACAAUCUGGCAAGAUGUCAGAACAAUAGCUGUCCCUGUCGACCCUAUCUGCACUCUGUCUACCUGCAGAACCUCCUCGUACAGUCUUUGCGCAGGCAUAUCAGUCAAUACUAUGCGGGCUGGUUGAAAUGUGAAGAUUCAGCAUGUAGUGCCAGGACACGCAGACUGCCACUGACAUUCCAGAGAGGCCAUCCUAUCUGCCCUGCAUGCCAGCGAGGGGUUCUGCUUCAGGAGUACUCAGACUCCGGCCUCUACACCCAGCUGUCCUUUUACCAGCACAUUUUUGACGUAGAGAAAGCCAAGGCAUUGCUCACUAUCACUGAGAAAGGUUCUGCUCACUCACAAUUAGAGAAAGAAGGUCCGGAACUGACAGAAAUAUACCGCCAGCUGAAAAUCACAGCAGACAGCUGGCAGCGAGUCAAUGCUUAUUCCCAAGUAAACUUAAGCAAGCUUUUCCAGGGCUUGUUUGUGUUAAAACAGGAAAAAGUAAGAGUGUGAUCAUGUGUUUAAGAAGACUAGCUGCUCCACAGAAGUCCAUCUGUCCCUUCCAUUUAAAUUUUUUGCUUAACAAAAGUGUCUUGUAAUGUUAUAACAAUACUAGAUUUAAAAAAUUGUGCAAUGGGUGGAUAAAAAAAAACUUUCUAUAAGUGGAUGUGUGAAAGAAAAGAAAAUAUAGUGUGCUUUUGUUGAGUGAGGAUUAAGAAGUGUUCCACUGGAAAGUUAAUAUUAGGAGAGAAUGCAUAUUCUAAAAGACAAAUGCCAACAAAAUGGAUAAUGUAGAAAUAUUUUAAUUCAUGUGCAUGUGUGUUUAAAUCAAAGUUGAAGGGCAAAAAAUUGCUUCGAUUUGUGUAGUUUCUCAAAUAGGAUUAACAAAAUAUACUGUUGCUUGCUAAAAUUCCUACGUGUUUAAUUAAGUUUUCUACUAAUUUUUUUUAAUUUUGUUUGUAAGUACACAUAAAUUCUUUACAGUUUACUUUAAUAUGUACAGUUGAGCAAGAAAUUCAAAACUGCAAAGAACUUAGAUACUGAGUGGGUGGUGUGCAUGUUGUGUGUGGCAUGUCUAUAUCAAAUAUAGUGCUGUAUCUUGAUAUUUGUCUUUAAUGGUUCAAAUUGCUAAAACUUUUAAUAUUAUUUAUCCAUACUUCAUCACAUUUAUGUCAAAUGGAACUUAUUUACCAAUAAAAUGCUUCAAAUAAUUGCCAUCAUGUGCUAUUAAAAAACAAAGAACAUUUAUUCUAUUGAAUAAGCAUUUAAACAUGUUCUACUGCUUCAUACCUACAUUUUUUUUAAAUUUAAAAAUGGUGGAGCAGGUAACGAUAGUACAUUUUGUCACAAGACUGUAUUGAAAUAAAUUCUUCCAUGAAAUGGCUGUUUUUGUAGUGUUUGUUCAAGUGUUUAUUAGCAAAAUAAAAAGAAAUACAACAUUA